CUUAUAUGUUAAAGUUUCUUCUUCUAUAAUAACAAUUCCUUAAUUAAUUAUUAGAACUUGAGUAAUCAUGGCUAAAAUAAUAUUGAAUUUAUUCUUCAUGGUAAUAUCUGUUCUUACUUUUGCACCAAUAUUAUGUUUAUCAAGCAAGACCAAUUAUAAUGGUUACUUGUACCCACAAUUUUAUGAUUGGUCAUGUCCAAAUGCUAAAGAAAUAGUAAAAUCUGUUGUUGCUAAGGCUGUUGCUAAAGACCCUCGAAUGGCUGCCUCUUUGUUGAGGCUUCAAUUUCAUGAUUGCUUUGUCAAGGGUUGUGAUGCAUCUUUGCUUCUGGAUAGCAGUGGAACCAUAGUAAGUGAAAAAUUAUCAAAUGCCAAUAGGAAUUCAGCACGUGGAUUUGAAGUAAUUGAUGAGAUUAAAUCUGCACUUGAAAAGGAAUGCCCUCAAACAUUUUCUUGUGCUGAUAUAAUAGCACUUGCUGCGAGAGAUUCUACUGUUUUGGCUGGUGGACCAAGCUGGGAGGUUCCCUUGGGAAGAAGAGACUCAAGAGAUGCUAGUUUAAGUGACUCCAACACUAAUAUUCCUGGUCCAAACAACACAUUUAAUACCAUUCUCACUAAAUUCAUGUUAAAAGGAUUUGAUCUUGUUGAUCUUGUUGCUUUAUCUGGAAGCCACACAAUUGGAAAUGCUAGAUGCACCAGCUUCAAACAAAGACUCUAUGAUCAAUAUUCAGGAUUCAAUUUACCAGAUUUCACCUUAGAUCCAUUUUAUGCUGCACAAUUGAGCAUUAUGUGUCCAAAACUUGGUGGUGACCAAAAUUUAUUUUUCUUGGAUUAUGUCACACCAACAAAAUUUGAUAACAACUACUUCAAGAACUUGUUGGCUUUCAGAGGUUUGUUAAAUUCAGACGAAGUUCUUGCGACACAGAAUUUGGCAUCAUUAAAAUUGGUGAAAUUGUAUGCUGAAAGCAAUGAGAUUUUCUUCAAGCAGUUUGCGAAGUCAAUGGUGAAAAUGGGAAAUAUCUCACCCUUAACUGGAUUCAAGGGAGAAAUUAGGAAGAACUGCAGGAAGAUAAACAAUUAAAAUUAUUACAGCCUUCAAUAGCACCAAGCGAUAUUAAUUACAUUUAAAAUUAUUACAGCCUUCAAUAGCACCAAGGAUAUUAAUUAUUGUGUGUCUAUAAUACUCCAUAUGUGACGUAUCUUCAUAUGUUAGACGCUUUCUAAUAUGUAUUGCAUCUUCAUAAUAAUAUCUCAUGGCAUAUAUGCUUAUUAUACGUUUAA